AUGGCAUCUCCAGGAGGUGGACCACUGAGAGAAGGUGGGAAGCUUUUGCAGGGGGAAGAUUCCAAAGCUGCGCGUCGACAUGGAACGCUUCCAGAAAGAGGACAGAACGGAAAUCAGUCAGAAAUUGAGAGGUUACGGGAAAAUAACUUGGAAGAGAUGGUGGAUAUUUGGGAGACAGGCUGGAACGAAACCAGCCGUCGGCGAAAAAUCCAUCAGGAGACUACUCCAGAAAUACGUGCUGAGAGUUGUGAGAACUUAGGCCCCGUCUCAGUCUUGACAAAGCGCAAGAGGAUUGAAACGGGCGAGAAGCUCCAUAUCUGCUCAGAGUGUGGGAAAAGCUUCAGCCGAAGGUCGGACCUCAUCAGGCACCAAAGGAUCCAUACGGGGGAAAAGCCUCACAAAUGCUUCGACUGUGGGAAAAGCUUCUGCCAGAGGUCGCAGCUCCUUGGGCAUCAGCGGACGCACACGGGAGAAAAGCCGUAUGUGUGCCUGGCCUGCGGGAAAAGCUUCGCCCACCACUCGACCUUCAUCGCCCACAAGAGGACCCACACGGGGGAGAAGCCGUACAAGUGCUUGGCGUGCGAGAAGAGCUUCGGCAACCGCUCGGUCUUGAUCAAGCACGAAAGGAUCCACACCGGCGAGAAGCCGUACCAGUGCUCCGAGUGCGGGAAGCGCUUUAGCAACCGGACUGGUGUGUUGAAACAUGAGAAGACCCACCAGAAGGAGAAGGCCCGUGGAGGCCCAGGCCGUGGGAAAGACAUCCGCUUCUUCAGUCACGAACACAAAAGUGUUGGCAGAGACUGCGGAGAAGCAAAAAUGGGAGCCGUGGAAUCUAGCAGCGCUCCUCGUCUUCCUCCUUUGCCCCGGCUGGAGGGAGAAUCCGGUUUCUGCACCGUUGUAGGAAAGAGAUCCCGAGUGUCCUUUGAGGAGGUAGCUGUUUCCUUCACGGAGGAGGAAUGGGCUCUGCUGGAUCCAGGCCAAAGAAAGGUCUUCUGGGAAAUAAUGGAAGAAAAUUAUGAGACGGUGGCCUCUCUGGGGGACUACAUUUCCCAGAAAGAACUGCAAGCGCCAGAAGGGUCAUACCUGCUUUUCCCAGGUGUCCAUGGUAUGGUUCUUCCUCAUGAAGGAUGCGGAAAUGUUUGGGAUCUGCAGUUCCGCAGGGCCUCUCUUCUUUCUUGUUUCCCCCAGCUGGAAGGAGAAUUUGGGUCUUGCACAUCUGCAGGAAAGAUCUCCCCAAUGUCCUUUGAGGAGGUAGCCGUGUUCUUCACGUUGGAGGAAUGGGCCUUGCUGGAUCCAGGACAGAAGAAACUCUACUGGGAUGUUACAAAGGCAAAUUAUGAUACUGUGGCCUCUCUUGUUGUAGAUGUGACGAAGAUGCGUCAUGAGAAGGAAUCAGGAAGGAGACUUGUGGGAAAAGACAGCAGUCUGCAGGUGGAAGCAAAAUCUGGAGAUCAAGUGGCCCCAAAGAGAUAUUGCAGAAGAAAAAGGGAAAUAAAACAAAAGCAAAAGGAAGAAUAUACCUGUCAGAGCAGAAAUAAGCCUGAGGUAUCAGCCCAAGAUGAAACAGGCAAGAGAAAGACAAGGUCUAAGGGUGUCAUGAACCAGAGAGGGUUCAGCUCCAAAUGCAGUGUUAAAACAUAUCAGAAUGCUACAACAUGCUGGAAAAGGUAUAAAUGUGUGGAAUGUGGGAAGUGCUUCCAUUGGAGCAGUGCAAGAAGUAGGCGUCAAAGGAUUCACAUGAAGGAAGAGCCAUAUAAAUGCUUGGAGUGUAGAAAGUGCUCUCAGAAGGGUGAGCUAACUGUACAUCAAAGGUGUCACACAAAAGAGAAGCCAUAUAAAUGUGUGGACUGUGGAAAGUGCUUCUUUCAGAGACACCACCUAACUGUACAUCAAAGGAUUCAUACAGGGGAGAAGCCUUAUAAAUGCUUGGAGUGUGGAAAGUGCUUCUCUAGCAGUAGCAACCUAAAAACACAUCAAGAGAUUCAUACUGGGAAGAAGCCAUAUAAAUGUUUGGAGUGUGGCAAGUGCUUCCCUCAGAUUGGACGCCUAAAAGCACAUCAAAGGGUUCAUACUGGGGAGAAGCCAUAUGAAUGCUUAAUGUGUGGAAAGUGCUUCUCUAACAGUGGCAACCUAAAAACACAUCAAGAGAUUCAUACUGGGAAGAAGCCAUAUAAAUGUUUGGAGUGUGGAAAGUGCUUCCCUCAGAUUGGACGCCUAAAAGCACAUCAAAGGGUUCAUACAGGGGAGAAGCCUUAUAAAUGCUUGGAGUGUGGAAAGUGCUUCUCUAGCAGUAGCAGCCUAAAAAAACAUCAAGAGAUUCAUACUGGGAAGAAGCCAUAUAAAUGUUUGGAGUGUGGAAAGUGCUUCCGUCAGAUUGGACGCCUAAAAGCACAUCAAAGGGUUCAUACUGGGGAGAAGCCAUAUGAAUGCUUGGAGUGUGGAAGGUGCUUCUCUAACAGUGGCAACCUAAACAAACAUCAAAGGAUUCAUACUGGGACGAGGCCAUAUGAAUGUUUGGAGUGUGGAAAGUGCUUUCAUCACAAUGGUGACCUAACUAAACAUCAAAGGAUUCAUACAGGGGAGAAGCCUUAUGAAUGCUUGGAGUGUGGAAAUUGCUUCUCUCGCAGUGGCUUCCUAAAGAAACACCAAAUGAUUCAUACAGGGGAGAAGCCAUUUAAAUGCUUGGAAUGUGGGAAGUGCUUUUCUCGGACUGACUGCCUAAGACUACAUCAGAGGAUUCAUACUGGGGAGAAGCCAUAUAAAUGCUUGGAGUGUGGGAAAUGCUUCUCUCGCAAUAGUCACCUAAAGACACAUGAAACGAUUCAUACUGGGGAGAAACCAUACAAAUGCUUUGAGUGUGGAAAGUGCUUCUCUUUGAAAUCCAGCUUAACUACACAUCAAAAGACUCAUACUGGGGAAAAACCAUACAAAUGCUUGGAGUGUGGAAAGUGCUUCACUUUGAACAUUGGCCUUACUUCACAUCAUAGGACUCACACAGGGGAGAAACCAUAUAAAUGCUUGAGGUGUGGAAAGUGUUUCUCUCACAGUAAUGCCCUAAGGAUACAUCAAAAUAGUCAUACAGGGGUAAAGCCAUAUAAAUGCGCGGAGUGUGGGAAAUACUUCUCUCAGAAUGCGCACCUAACUAUACAUAAAAAAAUUCAUACUAGAGAGAAGCCAUAUAAAUGCUUCGAGUGUGGAAAGUGCUAUUCUCGGAAAGACUGCUUCAGAGCACAUCAAAAGAGUCAUGCUGAGGAGAAGCAAUAG